AUGCAAACCGCCCCGAAUAAUACGAUUGUUUUGGUGAAUGAACAUUCUCAUGUACUUACACAAUAUCGAAUAGCUAUUAAUACACUAGUGUCAAUGAUGAUGAAGAUGCUCAAGAAAGAACUAACAUUAUUCACUCACGCAGUAGAAACUCACUUUAUUCACGAGUCAAUUGAAGAUAUUUUGGCCAAUAAACUCAACCUACGAUUUAUCGAUCAUUGUGAUUUACCUCUAGUGAUAAAAAUGAUUACAAAACAGGUAAAUACAAAUAUGGAAGAAAUAGAUGAUGCGCUUCCAACGUUCGAACUGAUUAAUCGAUUAUUGAUACAACAACGAAUUGACUUCGUUUCAACCAAUACAAAGGAGCAGACAGCUGGCGGCGCUAUCGGUAAUCUAUUAUUUAUAUCAUUCUUUGCAGCGGCUAACAAAAAUCAACCAUCAUUCUCAACUUACAAGUUGACACCGGUUCCUUUUAAUCAAGGAACUCAAAGAUUAAAACUGGCGCAGAUACCUCACAUUAUCGGUAUCUCAACAAAAACAAUGGAAUUGAUACAAUGA